UUUCUUUUCCUUUUUUUUAAUCUUAGUUUAUUAGAAGAUUUCUGAAAUGGCGGAAUCCAGAUUGACAGGUGCGGAUCUAGGGGUGGUGGCAGGAUAUUUCGUCGUCAUUAUUGCUGUCGGCAUGUUUGCGAUGUACCGAGCUAACCGAGGGACAAUCAGUGGAUAUUUCCUCGCCGGGCGAUCGAUGUGGUUUCUGCCUAUGGGAGCGUCACUGUUCGUGAGUAACAUUGGAACGGAGCAUUUCAUUGGUCUAGCUGGAUCUGGGGCGGCUAAGGGCAUCAGCGUAGGAGCCUGGGAAAUUAACGCCAUCUUGUUUCUCCAACUAUUAGGAUGGCUCUUCAUACCGGUCUACAUCGCCUGCGGGACGUACACAAUGCCGGAGUAUCUGUCGAAGAGAUUUGGAGGUCAGCGAAUACGAGUUUACUUCGCCUUCCUCUCUUUGGUUCUCUAUAUCUUCACAAAAUGUUCCACAGUUCUUCUGACCGGCGCUUUCUUCAUCCAACAGAGUUUGAACUGGGACCUCUACCUGUGUAUCGUGGUUCUGGUUUUAAUAACAGCUAUACUCACAAUCACAGGAGGGUUAACAGCCGUCAUCUACACAGACACCCUACAGGCACUGCUUAUGGUCGGUGGCUCCCUCUAUUUAUCAGGGGCAGCGUUCUAUGAAGUUGGAGGCUUCAGUGGCCUUCUUGAAAAAUAUCCUCAAGCAGUCCCUAGGAACGUGUCUGCUAUUGUUGUGAACCAGACGUGCCAUUACCCAGACAAAGAGGCUUUCCGUAUGUUGAGAGAUGUUGAUGAUGACUAUAUGCCAUGGCUGGGCUUCCUCCUAGGGCAAACUCCAGGUUCCAUCUGGUACUGGUGUGCCGAUCAGGUGAUUGUCCAGAGAGCGCUGGCGGCGAAAAGCAUUUCCCACGCCCAGGGUGCCACUGUGAUGACGGGAUUCCUCAAGAUAUUACCCAUGUUUGUCAUGGUCAUGCCAGGCAUGGUGAGCCGUGUCCUCUAUCCAGAUGAAGUGGCGUGUAGCAACCCUGACUACUGUUUCAAGGUGUGUCAAAGUAAAGCUGGGUGCAGCAGUAUUGCUUACCCUCGUCUGGCUCUCGGCAUCAUGCCCAAUGGUGCUCGUGGUUUGAUGAUGGCUGUGAUGAUCGCCGCUCUGAUGAGUGACCUUGACUCCAUCUGGAACAGCGCCAGCACCUUGUUCACCAUCGACAUCUGGAAACGUUUCCGCAAACACGCCAAGGUCACCGAACUCAUGGUCGUCGGAAGAUUGUUCAUUCUUGUCAUGGUCGGUCUCUCCAUUGCCUGGAUUCCUGUUGUCAAGGAAAUGCAGGGUGGUCAAAUCUUCAUCUACAUUAAUGAGAUCAUAAACUAUUUGGCGCCGCCGUUUGCCGCCAUCUUUAUUCUGGCUGUGCUGGUGCCUAUGGUCAACGAAAAGGGAGCUUUUUGGGCUUUGAUCGUUGGCUUCGUGAUUGGUGCUAGCCGAAUGAUCGCAAUAUUCGUGUUGAAAGGCGAGACGUAUUGUGGGAAGGACGCUAGUGCUGACCGACUUCCGACAUGGAUAAGCAAGUUUCACUACAUGUACUUUGCCCUCUCCAUCACUGUUCUGACGUCAAUCAUCGCCAUUACCGUCAGCUACUUCACCGGUGGAUCAGAAAAGCAUUUUCUGAUUCGUACAACAUAUUGGACACGACAUGAAAAGCAAAAACCCGAGCACAUCUUUGAAGCAGAAUUGGAAUUCAAGACCCCAUCACAAGAAAACCAGUCCAGCUCAGCAGUAGCCAUGGCUGACGUCACAGUCAUAGAUGGCGAGGAAGGGGAUCAGGCAUUGAAUGGCGAAAGAGAGGCUGGCAAGAAAGUGUAUCGAGAUCCUGGAUUGGACCAUCCCACGAAGAAUAGAAAGAAGGCGCCAGUAAGCUGUGGUCGGCGCGUCUUCAACUACGUGAUGGGCAUCAGCAGCGUGGAGGAGGACCACGUCCAGACUCUCGCCAUGACGGCUCACCUCGAGAUGGUGGCUCAGCUCCACCAGAGUAAAACCACGAGGAUUUUCCUUGGCGCGCUUUUGCUCAUCGUCGUCUGCGUGGCCACGGCCAUGUUGGCGUUUUGGUCCGUGUAUAAGUUUGACACGGCGCCCUUCUAUCCCAUGGGGGCCACGAACGAGACUCUGUUGCCUGGUGAUCCUAUUCCUCCUGACAUGGGCAAUUAGCAAAAACGUAUACACGUGUUUGGUGCAAGUGUGUGCAUACUAUCAUCACUUUUUUUUUUUUAAUUUCGUAGUCCCAGAAAAAUCCACUGUUUAACGGUCUUCAUCUACAGAGUGAUUCUGAAGAUUAUAUUAUAGGCGUCGGAAGCUGGGUGGGGUGGGGGUGGGGGGGGGGGGGGGGGGGGGGGCACAGUCGCCAAACUUUGAAACUGUAGUGGUCAGAAUAUGCAUUUGUCCUUCCCCAAAACUUAAUAACUGACUCCCACCCCGCAUUCUCACCCCUAUCUUCAAUCGCUGGUAUGUUUCGACUCCUGUGUGCAAAUAUAAUAUAAGGUUAGUGUAUUCGGAAUAGCAAUCUUUGGAGACCCCUUCUCUAGCGGACGGGGGAGGGGGGGGGGGUCAUUAGGAGGGUGUACAAACCAGAUUUUUAUCUUUAAUCUUUAUUUAUAUAAAGUAGGACAAAAAAACCGUUUAUAUCAUCCUCGAGUGGGUGGGGGGGGGGGGGGUGCAUAGGCUCCCCUUCCCCCGGUUCCUACGGGCCUCGCAACAUUUUAGUUACUGAGGUUGUUAUAAAUGAAUUCCUUGACCAAUAAAACUCAAUGACCAACAUCAUAAUUUUGCUACAGUUCAUAUAAAAUCCAAUAAAUUACCAUUCUCGUGUUCUGUCUGCUAUAAUGAUGACCAUCUUCGGGGUAAAUGACGUUACAAUAUCUUGAUUAGCUGGUGGUAGUUCAAAAUUACUUUCCUUGACCCCUAUUACACUAUCAUAGACAUCAAUAGUUUCAUCAUACGUAGGUGAUAAGAGUAUCGCAGAUAUUGCCAAUUCUGUGUUUUAGCAGCUAUAUUUGAGGCAGGACUGAGGACAUGAUCUUGAAUAUUUCAAAAUGUUCAAGGAGUGCAUUCAUCGGAUACUCAAUCAGUAUCUUGGAAACAUGAGAGAAAAAACAACAAAGAACAUUAUGGGUACUGAUCUGCAAGAUUUAUUAAUGCUUUCACAAACGGACUAAAACAGACUUCUCCCUUUUUUUCACCACAUGAUUAACAAAAUGUUAAGUGUGGAAACUAAUUUAAGCUACUUUAUUUUUAUUUUGUCUUGGGGUAUACGGAAACAAUUAUGAGAGUUUUGUUCGUUGCCCUCGGAUGGUACCAAUUUCUGGUGCGGGUUUCCUCCUUCAAUAUAUGUGUGGUCCUUAACCAUAUGUCUGACGCCAUAUAACCGUAAAUAAAAUGUGUUGAGUGCGUCGUUAAAUAAAUCGGUUCUUUCCUUCCAGUUUCUGGUCUGGCUCAUGGGCUAAGUGUUCGCACUUACGUAUGCAUGACACUUGUUUAUCCUUUACCUGUGGUGGGUGUAUUUUGGAAAUAGGGAUGGGGUGUUGAGAGUACAGAAUAGCUCAAACGUGUUCCUUAGGUACCAAACUGUUGCUCCGAUGGGUGCAAAUACGUCUUGUUAAAAAUGUUUGAUUAUACGUGUUUUAUUGCCGUAAGCAUGUAAUUGUUUUCUCUGACCAUCUCUGUCUGUCUGUCUGUCUCUGUCUCUGUCUCUGUCUGUCUCUCUCUCUCUCUCUCCCCCCCCCCAUCAUAUAUAUCUCUCCAUCUCUCACUUUCUCCCUCUCAUAUCAA